UUUAGAAAUAUUAACCAACGUAGAAGCAACGCCAAGAUGCCUAAAGGAAUAAAUUUCUAUGGCAAAAAGGAAAACCAAAAAAAAAGGAAAAAAUAAUUCUGAUAGCAAUCCUUUAUUCCCAACUAAAAUCAACAAGUCAUUUAUAUAGUGAUCUCAUUGUGUUAAAAACUGUAUCUUUUGGUGCAGUGCAAUUAGCCCUGGAAAAUGAUCAUGGGAGCAGAGGGUUUUGGUACAAAAUCUGCAAUUUCGAAAACUUAUGCAAAUAUGGGGUUGAAUGAAUAUGAUAGAGGAGAUAAAGGAAAUCCAAAGAUUCUAUCAAUUGUAGCUUCAGUUGUUGAGAGGUCAGUUCAAAAGAAUGAGAAGGCACUGAAGGGAUCCAAUAAGAGAGGUAUUGUGACCGUCUUCCAUGGGACAAGAGCCCCUGUUUUGACUGUUCAGCAGUACAUUGAACGCAUUUUUAAGUACUCCAACUGCAGUCCUUCGUGUUUCGUGGUUGCAUAUGUAUACUUGGAGAGAUUCCUCAAUCUCUCUGAUUGUUUACUAACCUCUCUUAAUGUUCACCGCCUUCUCAUUACUAGCAUCAUGUUGGCUGUCAAGUUUGUAGAUGAUGACUGCUACAACAAUGCUUAUUAUGCAAAAGUAGGAGGAAUAACCACAACAGAACUGAACAAGCUGGAGAUGAAAUUCCUGGCAGCCCUUGAUUUCCGACUGCAUGUAAGUGUUGAGAGCUUUGAUAAGUACUGCUUGCAGCUAGAGAAAGAAUCCAAUGUGAAAUUACAGAUUGAUCGACCUAUCCGAAUUUUUGCAUGGGGAAAGGGUUUGGUAAACAAAGACAUAUCAAAUUGUUCACCUACAGUCGGAGGAUACACUUGUAGAGCUUUCUAGAGUGUAGGGAUCCAAUGGACAGACCUGAAGAGGCUGAGAAAAAUCUUCUGAAUUGUAUACCUGUCAUUGGAGAAUUGUGAAGGUAUUGAAUAUUAACUGCUGCUUUAUGCCUGAACUGUAAUUUGUCUGUACGUAUGUUUCAUGUAAUGCGUAAGGAACAAAAGCUGAAGCCAUAAAGAAUUAACAAUACUCUCCUAUAAAGCAAGUCAGCAAAAUUGCUAACACUCAAACAA